AGAGCUUGGACAGAGACAUAUUUGAUGCUGACCCGAUGAGGGAGCUGAGUGGUUGGAGGCCUUUGGUCUGCACUGAACUCCAGGGCCAGAAGGUGGUGCUCAAGAUGGCUGUCAUUUUAAGGAAUCAGAUUGUCUUGGACCCAUGUUCACUUCAUUUGUUUGUUGUAAGGCUACUCUGUGGAUGAGGGGUCAAAGGAAAUUGGGAAGGUGAUGAGAGGCGUACUUGUGGGACUAAAGAGUCUGCAUCACUCAUGCCUCCCUGAACCCCAAUAAUGUGUUUGUCCUUACCCGAGAGCGUGGCACUGUAGGGGAUUAUAACUUUACAAAGACACCAGAGCAGAGAGCUGCGGACAGUGACAUCAUGGCUGGCUCCAUCAGUUUGGUGGCCCGAGAGUUAAGGUGGGGUCAGCUGCCCUCCCCAGCCAGUGACAUGUACGCUUUUGGAGGCCUCAUUCUCUGGCUUUAUCCUCCAGACUUCAUUGGAGCUGAGGAGAAUGAGCAACAAGCCCCAGAGUUUACAGGAUUGCAGCUGUAUAAAAACUCUCGGAAUGAGCUCCAUCUGCCAGAACUGCUGAGGCUGCGCUGCGAAACUCUGCAUCAAUCUCAGUCAUCACUGAAAGAUAUGCAGACUCAUGUGGUGAUGUCUCUUGGGAUUGCACUGCUGAUGUUAACUGCUGGCAGUGCAUAUCCAAUGAAACCAGUCAGUCCUGGGGAGAAUGUACCUGCUGAAGAGCUGGCUAAAUAUUAUUCUGCCCUGCGACACUACAUCAACCUCAUCACACGGCAAAGGUAUGGGAAAAGAUCUGCCCCCCCUGCUCUGUUCUCUGAUCUUCUACUGACUGAGAGCACUGAGAGUAUCCCACGGCUGUGGUAUGGAGAACCUACUGAUGAAAGCAGAAUCAGACAUGAUGAUUUUAAGAUGUGGUGAUCUAAGUGCUUGUCAUUCAUCAAACAAGAAAUCCACCACUACAAAGACUGAAGAACCAACAAGAAGACUGCACAAAACAGCCUUGUGUCCUUGAGCCUAGAAUGGACACUAUAUGUUCAACAUUAAUUUUAGUGAUUAAUCAAUUGUAUAGCCAAUUAAGAGUUGUAUACACAAUUAAUUAAAUGCUGAAUAAUAUUUUGGUCACGCAUUUGACUCCUCUUAGAAAUCAGUUAAAUGGCCUCAACAUUCUACAUUAAACUUUGUCCUUUAUCUGAAAGGAUGUCUAAAGGGGUAUUCAUCAUAGUGCUGUAUAAUGUGUGUAAGAAAUGUUCGAUAAGCAGAUGUCUGCAAACGUUUAGACAUAACAUAUAGAGUCAGUUUCCUGGACCUGAGAUAAGCCUAGUCCUACAUUAUAUUUUCAGGGCUUUAAAUUUCCUUACAAUGGGGAAUCUUUAUUUACAAUGCUGGACCAAGCUUAAUCCCUUUCGGGGAAACAGGCCCAUAGACUAUAUCAAGCUAACUCGUCAUUUCAGCAAGACCAUGAAUUAGGGCUGAGAGUUGGUCUCAAAAAGAAUCGAUUCAUCGAU